GAGCCACUGAAUGUUUUGAAACCAUGGAUAAAAAACAGCAGUGAAUACUCUGUGGUCUCCACACCCACAGCUGGAAUGCAGAUAGCCUGGUUUGCUGCAGCAGUGAACUCGCAUUGUCUUUGUGUUCCUCACUGAAAUUAAUCAUGGAGAAGUGGCAGAGGGUUUUCGAGCAGGCCAGUGUCGGGGUUGCUGUCUCUGGCUGGAUUUGUGCUAUUUUGACCAGGACCCUGUCCGUGUGGAACGUGACUGGAGCUGUCGAUAACACAACAGACACUCUGUCAUUGUACUGGGAUGGAAUCUGGUUGAACUGGCAGGAACCGAGGGUAGGAGACUUGCAUUGCCACUUCUAUCAGUCGCUUUUGUCCCUGGCUGGCCGCUUUAACUCCUGGAAAAUAUCUCUUAAUGUUUUGAUUGGACUCGGUGUUAUUCCCAUAGUGCUCUACAUAGUGGCCUUGACUGUGUUCGCUCAGAACGUGCGAAUCAAGGCAGCAGCUGGAUUUGUUUUCGUUUUAUCCGGGCUGCUGAUGCUGGUGAUUAUGAGCUGGAUCACUCAUGCCACAAACAGUGAUUUGGACACAUCCAUUCCUUUAAAAAGGGAAUGGGGGGCAUCGUUAUACUCCGGCUGGAUUGGUACGGUUUUGUUUCUGAUUGGAGGAGGAGUGCUGAGUACUUGGUGGUUUAAAUCAGCUCCAGAGCCACAGGAACAAUUAAGAAGCACACAAGCAGCGGCAAUGCCAGAAGCAGAGGAUCCGCUCUUUGCUAGGCAUCAUGCUGCGUUUAUUCCAAGUCCAUACAGGCAAACCACCAGACCUAUUUGAACUCUUACUAAACUCAUGAUACUGUAAAACCUGCUAUGCACUGCUGACAUAAUUUUGUACACUUGAGACUGUGUUUGAAUUGACUAAAACCCUGAUAAGGAACAUCUUGCAGAUUAUUCCAUCUGAUUGUCCGUUUAAGAGCACUUUAUGGUUUGAAACUUUAAAAUCUUAUAUUUCAUUAUUCACAGUAGCAGUGUCUAAUAUUUCAAAGUCUGUUCAAACCGCAGUUCCCAAAUAUACAUUGUUAAUUCUAUAAUUUAUUGCUGUAAUACAGCCUCCUCAAUGCAGGCUUCACUGUUUAUAGUUUACAAGUUAGUGAUGUGCAUAAGAAGUGAUUUACUUUCAUUUUUAUAUGCACUUUUUGUACAUCCUGCUUUUGGAUAAACUUUGUUGUAAGUCAGAUAUAUGGCACAAAUUUAAGAAGGCAGAACAUACUGGGUGCAGGGGAAAAACUUAAAAGAGCAGGUUGUAAAUAUUUACACCCCCAGUGUUGAACCUUGCACGUCUCAUUUGAAAGAAUAGUUUAAGUUAUGUUCCAGCUGGGGGCGGGGCUAAUUUCUGGGCCAUAAAAUUGUAAAAACAGAAUUCUGAAAUCUAAAGAUUGCAAAAAGUUUCUGGGAGAUCUUGGGUGUGAUAUAAAUAAUACAAACAUAUUUAAAUAUUACAAACUGCACCUUUAAGUCAAGAGACUGGAGUGAUGGGAAGGGGCAGGGAAAACAUCUCUCAUGGGG